CACAACAGCCAGUAGCAAUGCCUUUCGUCAAGCAGCAAAAGAACAAGGCUUACUUCAAGCGUUACCAAGUCAAGUACCGCAGAAGAAGAGAGGGUAAGACCGACUACUAUGCUCGUAAGAGACUUGUCGUUCAAGCCAAGAACAAGUACAACUCUCCCAAGUACAGAAUGGUCGUUCGUUUCACCAACAAGGACAUCAUUUGUCAAAUCGUUUAUGCUAAGCUCCAAGGUGAUUUCGUCCUUGCCGCUGCUUAUGCUCACGAACUUCCCCGUUACGGUAUCAAGGGUGGUUUGACCAAUUGGGCUGCCGCUUAUGCUACUGGUCUCCUUCUUGCUCGUCGUACCUUGGCCAAGCUCGGUCUUGCUGACAAGUACGAAGGUUUCGCUGAACCUGAUGGUACCGUUCAAAUGAUCGAAGCCGCUGAAGGUGCUCCCCGUCCCUUCAAGGCUUUCCUCGAUGUCGGUCUUGCUCGUACCUCCACUGGUGCUCGUGUCUUCGGUGCCAUGAAGGGUGCUUCCGAUGGUGGUAUCUACAUUCCCCACAGCGGCAACCGUUUCCCUGGUUUCGAUAUCGAAACCAAGACAAACGACGAUGAACUCCUCCGUAACUACAUCUACGGUAUUCACGUUGCUGAAUACAUGGAAUACCUCGAAGAAGAAGAUGAAGAACGUUACAAGAAGCAAUUCGCUACCUUCAUCAAGGAAGGUAUCACUUCUGACAUGAUCGAAGAUAUGUAUGCUGAAGCUCAUGCUGCUAUCCGUGAAAACCCUGCUCCUCAACUCACUGAAAAGAAGGGUAAGCCUGCCAAGCCCAACAAGAAGGGUCUCCGUCUUAACAAGAAGCAACGUCUUAACAGAAUUAAGGAAUCCAAGGCUAAGUUCGAAGCUGCUCAAUAAUUUGCUGUUUUUAGUAAAAGGAAAACAAACAACGUUUGUAUCGUUAUGUUUAAUUAAUAAAUCGUGAUAUCCGAUUUUUUGUUGUGGAUUAAAA